UACAUAGUUGGUGUGUACAUUUAUUUUGGAGGGAGGAUCGCAAAAUAUCUUAAAUUUGAUACUUUGAUUCCCCGUUUUUGGAGCUCGCAAAUCACACUAUACAUGAGAAAGUGAAGAAGGGGGAAAAGUGAAAAGCAAGACAUGGAUGAAACAGAGUUUCUGAACUCAAGCCCGACAGAGAAGAAGGGGAGGAACAAGUUUCCAUUGCUGAGGUAUGAAGAACUGCCGGAAUAUAUGAAGGAUAAUGAGUACAUCUUGAAUUACUACAGAGCUGAAUGGUCUCUUAAACACGCCUUCGUUUCCUUGUUCUUAUGCCACAAUGAAUCUCUUAAUAUCUGGACUCACGUGAUUGGAUUUGCUGCGUUUUUGGUACUCACAGUUGCAAACUUGACAAAAUUUUAUCAAGUGGCCGACUUCAUUAACCUUUCCAAAUGGGUUUUUCCAUCGGAUACGGGUACACCACCACCGCUAAUAGACACACCACGUUGGCCAUUAUUUGUCUUUUUAUGUGGUUCAAUGUUUUGCUUCGUAUCAAGUAGCUUAUGCCACCUGUUCUCUUGUCACUCACAACACCUAAACUGUCUACUGAGUCAGUUAGAUUACAUCGGAAUAGCAGUUAUGAUCAUCACCUCAUUUUUCCCUCCAAUAUAUUACCUCUUUCAAUGCGACACCAUAUGGCAAUACGUCUACCUUACAACAAUAUCCAUAAUCGGUGUUUUAGCAGUCAUUAUACUUCUUUCCCCUAAACGAACACGUGGGAAAUACCGAUUCGUUCGGACAAUAAUUUUUGUGGCAAUGGGUCUUUUUGGGGUAAUUCCUAUGAUCCAUGCUACCAUUGUCAAUUGGAACGUGCCUCAGAGGAAUAUAACUUUAGGGUUUGAAUCUGCUAUGGCUUUUUCGUAUCUGAUAGGUGCUAUGUUUUAUGCUACUCGGGUACCUGAGAAGUGGAAGCCUGGUUGGUUUGAUUUAGUUGGGCAUAGUCACCAAAUAUUUCAUGUUUUUGUUGUGAUGGGUGCAUUGGCACAUUAUAUUGUUGUAAUUAUAUUGUAUGAGUAUCGUCGACGUAACGGUUGUAACUGAUUUUAAAUAUUUGUAUUAUGCAAAAUUUCGUUAUAGCUUGUUUUAGACACAAAUUAUAUUUUUAUAUUUUUGUAUAAUCAUAAAGCAAUCAAAAAUCAAGACAUUAAUGUUUA